AUGUGCUCAGAGGGUAUAAGCUUUCUAGCAACUGAUGAGUUCUAUGCGGGCACACUACAUAUUUUAACUGCGAUUGAAGUUCCUGUUCAUUUAUUUGGAGCAUAUAUCAUAGUUGCAAAGACUCCAAAAAAGAUGAGAACUGUUAAAUCCAGUAUGCUCCUACUUCAUUUUGUUGGAGCAUUUGUUGAUGUUUAUCUCAGUUUCAUUGCUACUCCAGUACUCACUUUGCCAGUAUGCUCGGGAUAUCCGCUAGGAUUUUCAUUGGUUUUAGGCAUUCCAACAAACGUUCAAGUUUAUUUAGGAAUUUCAUUUGUUGGAGGUGAGGCAGCUCAGUUGACUGAUUCAAAAUUUUCUGUUUCAGUGAUAUCCGUAACUAUUCUCACUUUUUUUGAAGACCGCUACCACAGGUUGACACAUGGACAUGGGUCAAAUGGAAAAAGAAGCUGGAAACGCAUAAUCUAUGUUGUGAUUCAUUAUAUUGUUUCUGUGUUAUUCAUUGCUCCUGGAUAUUUGAACAUUCCAGAUCAAGCGGUUGGAAGAGCGGUUACGAAGAAAACGAUUCCGUGCAUACCGGACGAUGUCCUUACUCGCCCUGGAUAUUUUGUAUUGUCUGUCGUGAAUAUCAUUCCAUGUCUAUGUCUCGUUUUCAUGUUCUCUUUGGUGAUGCCACAAACGAUUUAUUUUGUAGGAGCCAUUUUUUACUAUCUAUUACAUACUGUAUCCAAAUCACAAACCACAAAUCGUCUCCAAAAACAAUUUUUCUUUGCGCUGUGCAUACAGAUAUUUGUUCCUAUUGUUGUUCUAAUGUUUCCAGUUUUAUAUAUUGUUUUAGCAAUUUGGUUUGACUACUACAAUCAAGGAGCCACUAAUAUUGCUCUUGCUGGUAUUGCGUUUCAUGGAAUCUUGUCUACAAUAACAAUGCUCAUAGUCCAUACACCAUACCGUAACACAACACUUUCAAUGUUCCGACUCAGUCCUAAAAAUACUGGAAACAAUUCACAACAGAUCUGGAAAACUGUUGUUGGAGCACAUGUCACUCAACAUAGUGUUUGGUAA